AAUUAUAUAUUGGUAAUCAAAAAUGGUGAGAGCAGAUAUUUUCCUGACUGCACUAUUUGCUCUGAUUGUUCCAAAUCUUUGUCAGAUAAUUCCUAGGGAAUGCCAAAAUAACAAUUCUACUGUGUACCAAUAUGAAGUUUUACCGGGCAGUGGCUGGGACAAUUUGAGGAAUGAAAACCGAGGAAAGGUCGUCCAGUUUAUAUACUCGACAUGUCAGAUGACGGACGAUGGCGUUUUUCUUAUUCCUGACAACGUCAAUGUCAUUCCUAUAAGGUCAAGUAACGUCGAGAGAUACUCUCAAUUUAUCGAACACGUCGAAAACGCAACAUCAGACAUUGCAGUCUCAAUUAACCUAGACGGAAGUAUAGCUGUUGAUGAUAUUCCAAUAAACGGUAAAUUUUCAUUUGAUUUUCAAAAGUUUAAGAGUAACAUGAUCAAUGAUAAUUCAAUUGCAAUGAAGGUUAAAGCUCACUACGUCCAAUACAAUGCCAAACUUCAACCAGAUGUCAAUUUAGAUCCGUCCUUCAAAUCAAAAGUAAUGAGCAUAGCCAAUCAUAUAUUGAAUAAUCGAACAUCAACUGCAAGAUAUGAGAGCCAGUUACUAGUAAGAGACUUUGGUACACAUGUGAUUACUAGUAUUGACAGUGGAGCAUCGAUAGUAAAAGUAGACCAUGUUAAACGAGACCUACUGCAGGACGAUACAAUCGAUAAAUUUCAAAUAUCCGCUGCUGCAGGAGCCGAGCUUUUCGGUAUACAAGUUGGAAUUACAAUCCCCGCUGAAGUCAUGACAAAAUACCUCGCAUCAAAGACACAUUCUUCGAUUCGUACACAUGGUGGUCCUUUAUAUUUACCCGUAAACUUUACAAUCAACGACUGGGUCAGUCAAAUAGAUCAGAACUUGGUGUCAGUAGACCGAUCAGGGUAUCCACUGCAUUUCAUCAUUAACGAAUACUCGUUCCCAGAACUGUCGAUUUCCAUUGUUACUGAUACAGCCGCUGUUGUAGAAAGUGCCAUUAAAACCUAUUACAAAUUGAAUACUCAUCGCGGAUGUACGAACAGGGAUUCUCCAAACUACAAUUACCUAGCGAAUGUCGAUGAUGGAACUUGUGAAUAUAACCUCACCAUUACUAAUACUAAUUUUGGUGGAGUAUUCCAAACAUGCAAUGCAACUGGGAACAUCAAUGGGAUAUGUAAUACAUUUUUAAGCAAAAAUCCGUUGACUGGAGAUUUUUCUUGUCCGACCGGUUUCGUAGCGGUACCAUUGUAUUUGGGACAUGAUAACAAACAGGAAGUGCAUCGAACAUGUUCAAAAUAUAUGAUCUUCUGGAAACACUGCGAAACAACUUCGAACCUUGGAACAGCAAGCUAUCAGUCAUAUUGGUGCUCUCCCCAAGGAGGAAAUCAAAGAUUCCCGGGAUACUUGUUUGGGGGCCUGUAUACAACUCAACUACCAAACGUCGUUACGCAACACCAGAGUUGUCCACAGUACUUCACUGCUAUUGGACUCGCAGAAGAUUUGAAAAUUUGUGUAUCAGAUGAUAUUGAAAAUGGAUUCCAAUAUUCAAUCCCGUUUGGUGGUUUUUUUAGUUGUCAAGAUGACAAUUCGUUAGCCGCAAAACAGAACGCCACUCAUUGUCAGGCUGGGUACAGUGAACACUUAGCAACAAUCGUAAACGAAUGCGAGAUUAAUUAUUGUGCUACGCAAAAAUCCGCUGCAACUGCAUACAUACCUAUAAGAAGUCCACCUUUCAUGCGAAAACCGUCAGGCCAAAAUAUCUCAUCAAUUCACGUCAUUAGCGAAGAUGGUCAAAGCUGGACGCAGAUCUAUUCAGUUCCAGAGGGAUUUAACGGUUUCAAUGGAACUAAUACCAGCUGGAUUGUAGAUAGUGGUGAUUUUCUUGACAAUAAUGAACUUCUGAUGGCGAGACAAAAAGCAAACGGAGAUAUUCCAGAUAAGAACAGUGGUUUGUUUAGAUCGACAGAAACACAAGAAAAAAAUGGAAAAGAAAAACAAAAUGACUCCGAACAAAUAUCAACUGAACAGAUUCUUGGAGUAGUUGGUGGCUCAGUUGGGAUCACGUUCUCUUUUGUAAUUUUUAUAGGUUUUUUCGUUUAUAUUCUCUCCCGUAAAAGAAGUCCAACAACUGAUAAUUACACGAAAAUGAAAGCCUAAAAUGCAUGUUAAGAAUUCUGUAUAAAAAAAUUGUUAUUUAUGGCUAUUCCUCAUUUGAUUAUUCAGUGUAUGCUUUUAUCUUUAACUGCCUUUAAUUUAAAAGGUUUAUUGUUGAAGAAUGUAAUAUGCCACAUUAUUAUAUAAAAUAUUUCCAAUUAACCUCUAUUUCUUUACUCUUCUGUUCUAAAUCAUAAAUAUAUCGGCAUUUAUCAAUGGGAGAAAUUUUGAAAAUGUUCACAAUUAACCAUGUUGUUGUGACGAUCACAAUAAAAUAAAACCAUGGAAAUUAUAAUUCUACGUAAUGAUUAUCCAUGUUUAACCAGUUCACAAACAGUUUCCUAAAUACACCAAUUAUAUUUCA